CACUAACAGCUGUCAGCGGCGGCACCAGGACCCCUGUGUACCAACAACUACCUUAAUAUUUACCAAGGGAAAAAUGAUGGCAGUUACUGAGUACUUUAACUAGUGUGCGUGUGUGAGAAAGCCUCUCCCGUCAACCACUAUGGAGGAGGUUUUAGAUCAGCUUCUUCGUGAAACUUCACCCAACAAGCAUGUUCAGAUUCGUCAGGUCUGCACAGAAGCUCGUGACUUGCUGGAAAACCAGGCUGGGCUGCUGCGUUCCCCACCACAUGAAUUACGGGCUUUAUGUCUGAGGGCACUGCAACUAGCCCUGGAAACUCGCCAGUCCAAGCAUGUGACUUUAGCUGUUUCUGGAUUUUAUAAGUUGCUUCGUGACACACAGUUCCAUAGUGGAUAUGAGGAAGAUGAUGAAACAAUGUGGCUGCCUUGUCAGCUGCUGGGGGCCAUACAAAGCCUUCCAUUACAUUCAGAAGACACACAAGUGGAACUUCUAAAAGUUGUGCUGAACAUGAGUUGUGUUCAAGGUAUCACCAUCUCAGGGCAGGUGGUAACGCAGGUGGUAGGGGUGUGUGGCCUGGCAUAUGGCCGUGGGGGGGCAGCCUUGCGAACUGCUGCCCAAUCUGCUGCCUCCCAGACUAUUGCUCAUCUUGUGAGGCAACUCAAAGAAGAAAGUGAAGAGCAAGAGAAGAUACUACUUAAUAAAUGCAGAGGUGGACAGGACAGCUCCCAUGAUGGAGGAACAGAUGAAGAAGAGAAUGAAUACAUAGCUCCUGCAUAUGAUGAAAUUGUACCAGUCAUAAAUUUGAUUGCUGAUAAACUGGUGGAAGCUAAUAAACAACAAGAUGAUAAGAAAGGCCCAGAGGUUCCUGCACUUUUCCUCUUGGAGUGCACCAACACACUACUCUCCCAACUCUCUCACCCAGAAAAUUUAGCACACUUGCAUAAACCCUCAGAAACUGCAUCCUCUUCAGCACUGCCAUCUCCUGCAUACUGUUCCACACUUCUUGUUGGCGCACUCUGGCAACGACUUUGUCCAGCACUUGUGGCUCUGCUUGGUUCUCCUGUGUCCCAGAGGUUGGCCAGAGCAUCAGGUAGAUCUGAGGGCCAAAUGGGACGAGGCUCAGGUUGUUUGGCUCACCCUGGCCCUCUUUUCAAUAAUCAGCAGGCCAGGGCUAUUUAUAAUGUUGCGUGUGGGUUGGUAGUGACCAUGGGCAGCGUUGGGGAGAUGAGGCCUGUGUUAGAAAGUCUCUUCUACCGUAUGUUGCUGUACCCUCCACCUCAGUGUCGGCAAGAUGCUCUGAAGGCUAUAACUGAGUUGAUGAGCAGUCCUGUGAAACUUGUGCAGCUUGCUGGUCCAAUUCUGUAUCCAGACCCAAGGAAUCCUCAUCAGAAUGAUCUGGCACUCUUCAGACUAGUCAUGGACAGUUUAGCUGAAUGUGGCAACUGCAAUGAUGCAGAGAUUCAACGCGUUUUAGUGGAAUGUGUGUCCACCCUUCUUACAUCUUUAGAAAAAUUAUCUCUUGGUUCUGCACUAUCCCAACAACAUGUGGAAGUCAUCAAUGCCUUAUAUACCAGGCUUCAAGAUGGAGAUUAUUCAGGGCCCUUGACUUAUGAAAACAAGAGCAAGUUGCCAAAAUAUGAAAUUCCUGAAAGUAUAAAGCAUGUAUCUGACUCAGCUGCUUCAGACACCCUCUCCCAGAAGAUAGAUGACCUAGAGGAAGAUGAAGAAGAAGAAGCAAAGAAUGAGAGAGAAGAGCAAGGAAAGGAUGAAAUCAGGAAUUCUUAUGGAAAUAAAUAUCAAGGGGAUGGUGAAGUUGAUCUACAGUCAAAUGAGGACCCUGAAGAUACACACUCAGAUGGGCAGCCUCAAGAUGCAAAGUCAGAUGAUCAACUCCAACAAUUUAUCAAGACAAAACAUGGAAGGAAGAAAGAAAAUGACCUUUGUGGGGAGGCAGGAGCAGAGUCAGAUGCAUCAGGAGAUACAGAAGGACCAGAAGAUGAGGAUGAUGACCCAGGAGAGGAGCAGUUUGAGCCAACUGAGGAAGCAGAACAGCAGCGCGAGGAACAAGCAGCUUUCAGGCUCCACCGGUUAAAUGAAACUUUGCAGUCCACUACUAAUUUGCGUCAUGUCAUGGAUGAAGAAGCUGAAAGGGAAUGUGAAAAUGCACAACACUUCACAUGUACACUGUGUGCACUUUUACCAUCUCUGCUGGCCAUUCGUAGCACAAUUGAAGUUGAUCAAGCCAUUCUUGAAUUCUCCUCAAAAUAUUGUGAAGGAGUGUUUACUUCCACUAACCAAGAUGAAAGCCACCAGGUGAUAAUUAAUGCAGAUGGAAUAUACUUGGCCACAUAUUCUGUCCUGUCACUCAACCUGCAACUCAUCCGAGGGGGACAUUACUGUGACCCAAAUUUACCACUACCCAUGACACAGGAGCAGUUCGUAGAUCUGGUGCACGGGAGUGGUGUCUUGGUCUAUCUCUCAUCUGCAUGGCUCGGUGAAGUUUAUCGCCAGGUUAGAAAAGACAGUUUUCUUCAGAGGGCUGGCUAUACACCUCACUCACCUCAUAACUGUGCUCUCAUCAAUUUGUUAACAGACUUAGAUGGGUUGGGAAGCACAGAGCAGAAAAGUCAGAUGUUGUCUGAUCAUCGUCGACUAGAGAAAGCUGCAUCAAACAUAACACAUACCCCUGAGUUGUUGGCAGGAAUGAAGCUGUGUCGUCGUAUCGUUACAUGUGGAUGGGAAAGUGUGGUUGGGGUGCUUGGGGCAGUACUGAAUAGGGGUGGGGGAGGUGGUGGGCUCAGUGGUCCUCUCCGCAUCCUAUUAGGUGUUGAGGGAGCUCGGGAGGAAUCUCGCAGGUCACAAGAUCUCUUGGCUCAAUGUCUCAAUGCUCUCCAGUCAUCAGCAAGGCUGGCUAAUGUUCUAGGGUUACAGAACCGCUGUGGAGUGGUAUUUUCCCUGCUUGCAACUGCCUGUCUUCCCAACAAUGAACGCAAUCUAAUUAGCACACCAAAGCGCCAUCACCUAAGAUCUCCAGCCAUAUCCAAGAAGGUGCAACGCCUCCACACAGCCCACUUGCUCUCUGUUCAUGUAAUGAUGUCGUCAGGUCUGGAACUUGGUUCUCAUGCUCCAGAUUGCUGGACACACUUAUUCAAAUGCUGUAUCUACCUGGCUGAGCUGGAGCACACAUUCUUCAGCCACAAUAGCAGGUAUCAAUCAUUUCCCACUCGACUUGCUCCUCCUUCUCUAACCACUGACAAGUCAAAAAUAGAAUCAUCUGAUGACCUUUUCAAUGAAGAUCCAUAUCAUUUUGUGGUAGCAAUGUCACCCUUAGCUCCAACCACAAGUGUAGAAGAGCUGAUUCAUGAGAGUCAGAAUGACACAAACAACAGUGGAUUCCUCUCUCCUCAAGAUACAGGCAAAGCCAUAUGUGCUCUCACUCAACUUGUAGACAGAUUGUUUGAUGAUGCUUCUACAAAGCUGAACAUGUCAUCUUUGGUGAGCUUCUUGGCAGAACUUUGUGCAGCCUCUCAGGCACAGUUGUUCUCACGUAUGACCCCGCAAACACCACAGAGAGGACUCCUCAAGUGGCCCAGGAAGACAAAUGCAUCAAAUGGAAAAGAUGUAGUGCGAGGAAGAGGUGGGGACAUUCUGCUGCUGCAUCGUUUAGCCGAGGUGAUGCUCCGGGCUGUAAACUCUGGGCGGCCGCUUUUGCACAUCAUGAGGGCCUGGGCUGUUGCUGGUCCUCACUUUAUGGAGGCUGCUUGUCAUAAAGAUGGAUCAGUGAGCAAGAAAGCUGUGAGUUCUAUCCAUGAUAUUGUUAAUGCCUUGCUGAGCAACCAGACAGAAUUACCACAUUUUCACUUCAAUGAAGCACUCUUCAAGCCCUUCGAAAAUUUACUGUGUUUAGAGCUUUGUGAUUCAGAUGUCCAGGAUCAGAUUGUAAGUAGUAUAUGUGAAUUCGUGGAAAGCUGCACUCCUGAAAUACGAUCAGGUUGGCGUCCACUCUUUGGUGCAUUAAGGUGUGUGCGUCCUCCAUCCAUCCUACCAACACCAUCAGGUCCCAACAGUGUAACUGGCUGUGGCACUAUUGCAUCGAGAGAGAGUGUUGGUCAUUUGCAUGUUGUGAGGGAUGUGUUUGAAGCUUUCCUGGCAACUGACAAUGUUUUAGUAUUUGCGAAUGCAGCUUUGGAUUGUAUCUUGUGUCUUCUCAAGCAUGUCAAGGGAUCAGGUGAGGAGGAAAGUUGUGAUGAAACAGUGGUUGGCUGGGACGAACUAGUAGGUGGUGACCUGUGCCUUGAUGCCCUCCGUUACCUGCACCGCUGUGCUGCCAUCCUGGCGUCCAUGUACGAGAUGCCAGCUUGUCCAGUCUUCCAUGCUGCUCAUAGGAUUACAGUGAACACUCCACCUCAGUUAGUAGACCCACAUCUACCCAAUGUUGAUGAGAAUCUUCUGAGGUCACUUGUUGAUGAAAUUGCUGGAAUGGAAACUGAAAAGGUCUCUUACAUGCCACUGUGGCCUUCACUUGACUAUGCCAGUGGAUUUUCUUUGGCUUCAAUGGAUCGCAGUAGUGGUAUUUUACAAGUAUGGUACCUCUUACUGGAGGGACUUGUUGGAGCUACAAUGACUUGUCCUCGACGUUAUCAACCACAGGUCUUGGAUACAUUAUUCUCACUACUUCGUAGUUUGCCUGAUUGCCCAGGUCCCACCUUUGGGAUGUACUGUGUGAACCAUCUUUUGCUACCUUUGAUGCAAAGUUGGCUCAGAAGAUCAAACACCGUCUCAUCCACUACUACCUGGGACUUCACUGCAUCAUUCAAACAGUACACUGGCCUCACCUCAGACCUGGUGGUAGAAUACAUUACUAAACUGGCUACUAAAGGUGUUUUGAGUGAAAGCCAUAGUGCCCUCCUGAUGCUGCAGCAGUGCCUCUUGGUGUUGGUUGAGUGUAUCACGCAUCCCAGUGAGUCCACGUCCAGGCUUGGGUGUGCUUGUAUUAGACAUGUGAUCAGCAGCUGUGGGGAGCACCUACCACCUGAAUAUUGGGAUGUGGUGGUGUGUGGCCUUCACCGUGGUUGUCAGGUGUCACUUUACCCUUUGUAUCAGUUGAUGAACUUGUUCCAGCCAGACUCGCCAAACUUCUAUGGUGAUGUAGGUCAAGUUAAAGUAGCAGCAAGGAGAGACUGCACUGGCAAGGACAGUGAUCGCCUCAGACAACUUUCUCAUCAGGUUUUCUUGUUAGACACGCAGCGAAGUAAUGUCUCUGCAACCAUAGAUAACCCAGAUGCUGAAGACCGUUCCUUUAUCUUCCUGUUGUACCCAGAAGAGCAGGGCCCAACUGCCCUCAAAAUGGGGAACACCAACCCUGAUAUGACAGAAGAGGGAGAACCUGUCCGUGUUCCCUUUCGCACAUUGGUUGUGGGUCUCCUCGCUCACCAGAUUCUCCUUCAGACCUUAGGGACACUUCUAGUCAGGGGAUCCCCACAUAUUAUACCAAGUUUAGCUAAUGUGUUGCUUCAAGGAUUGGACUUCUCCAAUGGGGACAGUGAAGAAGGAAGAGUUGCAGAAAGUGAGGGUCAGGUUCCAGGAUUUCUUCGUUUCAUGACACAUGAGCAUGUGCAGAUACUACUUAACUCUCUGCAGGUGUCAUACACAGCAUCUGUUGAAUUUGAUCGUCGUCCUGGAUUAAAGUUCCUAAUCCAGAAAGUGGCUCAAGCAGAGAGGGCAGCAAAUCUUUACAAGCAAGCAGGAGCCAGCUGGACUCUGAGAAUGGUCACACUGUUUGACCUAACAUUAGCACAAGUCAAACAUGGCUUGGGAUUACCUGAAGUAAAGGAAGUUCUAGAGAAAGAUGCCAGAGUUAAGAAUACUGUGAAAAGAGAGUCCAGAGAAUUUAGCGAUUCAGUUGAUGUGAUUGAAAAUAAAGGAGUUACUUCACGUGAGUCAGAAGAUAAAAAAUGCCCACGACCCGAGCGGUUAUUAAACAAAGACACGAUGCAGUACAUUCAGUGGCUGCGAGAAUCCUUCACUGAACUUUGUGAUGUGUACUUGGAUCUUGUUAUAGACCGUGAUGGUCAUUACUCUGCUGUUGACAGAAUUGAUGACCAGCCAAUAUUCUUCCUCACUGUUCAACCCGAUGAAUUUCCCACUGCUCAUCGUAAAAGUCUAGCUCAGUGGACAAAGAGUCUUGAAGAAUUUAAUGAGCAGUUUACAAAGGGGAAAAAAAUUGAUUCAGAUGCAGAAAUGGAAGACAAAGAUCCUCUUUCUGGCACUAUGACCAUUGGUGGUAAUGUACAUAGUGCAGUAAUACCUCUAGACAUCCCUAUGAGAGAAGAGGAGAAUCCUGAAGUUAGACCCUUUUCCUUCUCAGAUUUGGCAAGAGACUAUAGCUCUGAUUCUGAAGACUCAGAAUUGCCAGAAUUUGCUGAGGGUGGAGACUCUGGUGUGGCUAGUUUAGCAGGAACCCAGCAAAGCAUAUACCGAGUGGCCACAGAAAGGGAUAUAGCCACAUUGAUGACUGAUUACCGACGGAGGAAGAACCAACACUCCCUUCCAUCACUUCACAGAGAGAAGAGAACAAAUCCCUUCUUGGAAAAGCGACCCAGCAGACCUAUUGAGCCUGUGCCUCCAGAGAUAGAAGAACAGAGAACUAGCAGUCUCAUGAAGGACAGUGAGGCACACCUGAAAGUGUGGACAGAAAUGGUUGUGACGGUGUUUGAUCUAAUAAGCCAACUGAAGGAUUCUGAACUACGUCCAUUGCUUCCACUCUUAUUUCCAACCAUGCGCUCCCUGACGGCACAUGCACAUGAUCCACAUCUCCGUCAGGUUGUGGCUGAACUUCUCACCAGGGUUGCUUCUCUGUAUGGUUUUAGCCCUGCUGAGUAAAUUUAAUUCUUCUAGUAUUCAGUUAGAUACCACUAAUGGCUGCUUACAUAAACCCUGCCUGCAGCUUAAGCUAGGCAACAUGUUUAGGCUGCUAUAUUUUGAUUAUAUUAAAGUCAAGGAAAACUUACAUUUUGAGGUGUUUUUGACUGAGUGAGAAAUGCCAAGGGAGUUUGUAAAUAUGAAUGAUAUAAAAGUGGGGAAGUAUCAGUUAGUUUUCUCAAAACUAAUGGGUGGAGCUAUUAAAUGGAAAUGUAAAGGGAAUAUUAAAGAUUUGGAAUAAUUUUGUAUUGAAGUAAAUGAAUGUACAGUCCCCCAAAAAGUAUCGUUAGAUUUUCUGUUGCUAUGAUUUAAAAUGCUGGACGAAAUGCUAUGAUAUGAUACCCAGUGUAUCAUCAUAAUAUGCCUGCUUGCCAUAUCAGCAACAGCUAGAGAUAGGGGUAGAAUUGGGGGAGGGGAUCAUCCUUGUAUGGCAUACUAAAUACUUCAAUACAGUAUAACAAGAAAUCCAUUCAGCUAUAGUAGUUGUAUUUUAUUGUGCUGGGUAAGACAUUUUUGGUUAUUAGGUUUCAGUGUGGCACCAGUUGUUUCAUAGCGCCUAACCCAUCGUGAUACUGUGUGUUUGCUCACCCCAGUUUGCCGUGCUAUCUCAGAGUUAUGAUACCCUCGUUGUGAAGGGCAAUGAUAGCACCUCUCACAUCUCGUGAUGUCUCCCCAAUAAUUCCUCGCUCCAUUCGAUGUAAGAUCCCGUUGAUGACUGGCAUGGCAUUGGUAUCCAUUUACAACAUCCAUUCUGAGUCAUGUAAUAUAUGAUCUGAAGCCUCGGAGGAUUCAUAUUGUUCAGAAACAUAUACUCAUUUAUGUUCAAAGGUCACGGAUAUAGAACUACCAAACGUUGAGAAACAGGUCAAGUAACAUUGCUCGGAAAGCCUCGAAUCACAUCUGCCCCAUGGCUAAUGAUACUUUUUGGGGGACUCUAAAGUAAUAUAGUAGCAUUAAAUUUAACAAGAUUAAAAGAAUUGUAAUGAAUGUCUUAUUAAUUUAAAGUGUGGAUGUGUCAACAAUUUGUGAUAAUGAAAAAUCAUUACAGAAUUGUAUGUGAGGUCAGAUUUAUGUUCUUGUUACAGUUUUAGGAUAGAGUAAUAUGUUUCUAAGUUAUGUUGAUCCAUAUAUGCACUACAAUUUGUACAAAAGAUAAGCCUUUUAAAGCAGAAUACAUAUUACAGUAAACUAUAUAGAACUGACUUGAUCAAUCUCACAUUUACAGAUAUAUUUUUUUUGAUUGGAUCAAUCUUUGAUAACCAUAACUGUUGACCUGACAACUUUUAGUUCUUAAGGUUUUUCAACUUUAUGCAAACUUUUAGACAGGCCUGUCUCAUAAAUGCCAAAAAUGAGUUAAUAGAUUUUGUUGGAACAAAAUAUUAUGUACAGAACAAAAGUACAGUAUAUUUGGUAACCAUGUUACUGAAGGUUAAAGGUCAAGAGCUAGGUCUUAUUGCCAUAUGUAAACCUUUCAGACGCUUGGACAUUUUCUACAGGGAGUAUAUGGAGGAGAAUCAGUCAGUUGUACAUUUAUUUAUCUUAAGAGAUGGACCUUUUACAGUGUGUAUUUCCAUCUAUUCUUGAGCUCUGAGUUUGCCAGGAUCCAUUCCUCUCAUGUGGGAGGAGAGGAAGGAUGAUAGUAGAAAUAAUGAAUGGUGUAAAAAUUAAUAGUUAAGGUAUAAGUCUUAAGGAAGUUUUAGUUUCCCUAAGGUGAGUUACAUAAACCCUCACUAGUAAGUAACUACAAGUAGCUCCAUUAACUAAAUAUUAAAUUAUUGGUGUUGAAGUUCUGGCAUUUCCAGGACUUACUGUUUUUAAAAAAAAAUAUGAAA